AUGGACACUGAGAAGGUCAGCUCCAUGGACUCUGGAGAAUUUACGGACGUGUUUGGGAAUGUCAUUGAGAGGUGUCCUCUGAUUGCAGCCACUGUUUGGUCUCAGCGCCCAUUCUCUGACUUGGAAGAUUUGGAGAAGCUCUUUUUUGCCUUUAUUGACUCUCUUCUACAGGAAGACCGGGAGGGCGUCCCGUGCUGCCACCCGGGCCUGGCCGGCCGCGAGCUGCAGCGGGGCACGCUCACGGCCGAGUCGCAGCGGGAGCAGAGCGGCCUGCACUGUCCGCCCGCGCAGGAGCUGCGCACGGCCCUGGGCGACGUGCAGAAGAUCUGCCACCUGCGUCUCGCCUCCCUCCUCGGCGCCGGCCCCGCCCGGCUGUCGUGGCCAGUAGCCGGCUAUGGGGAGCUUGUCAACCCCAACCCCGGGCACCAGAGCCCAGCUGGACUAAGUAGCUCCCUUCGCCGGCGGCCAGAACGUCCAUUGCGGGCGAGAACACGCCAGAGCACUGGCAGACGCGGGGACGAGCGCGGGCCGCUGCACGUGGGCGCCAGGCCCCGCAGCAUCCAGGCAGAAGCCACUGGCGGCGCUUACUUUCCCCUUCGGGAGGAGCGAAAAGACGAAGGCCGUUCCUCGCGCGGGCAGGUCACCCGUGGCCGCCGAGGUCUGGCAGGGCAGUUUUCUACGGCCCCAUCUCGGUCCAAACAGCGACAUGCCCUGGGCUUCUGCCGGCCUCGGCCUGGCAGAGACACUUUCUCGUUUCUGUCCUCUGGUGCGCAGGACGCGGGAGACGAGCCCCGGGUGCAGGGACCGGGCCACCGACCCGGACCGCAGCGCGCACGCCAGCCGCAGCCGCGAAAUGAAGGGGCGCCCCGGGGCGCGGCCGGCGACGAGCGUCAGGGGGCACAGAAGUGGUCGACGCAGAUUCCAGGGUGA